AGGAACGGAAAACGCUGUAUAAGAGCAAAGGUUAACAAUGUGUAGCGGAGCUUUAUAAAAGGACGUUCGACACGCUUCUGGGCCAGUCGUCCCUGUAACCGCAUCUUGGAGUGCUGAGGAAAACCAGGACUGCAGCCAUGAAGCUUUUGGUAGCGAUGUGUCUGAUGGCGGCGGGCGUCAGCGCCUCCUAUGGGCCAGCCGGAAUCGUUCAUGCUGACGGGACGCUGCAGCAGCUCACCCGCGAGGAGGCUGAAAACAUCGCCGUCGUCGGAGAGUCUGGAGUGGUCUUCCACGACGGGUCUAACAUUCAGUUUAACCGUGAUGUUGCUCUGCACCAUGCUGGUGUCGUGCCACCCAUGCCUGUGCCCGUCAUGCUGGAGAAGCCAGGCCCCUACGGCGCUACUGGCAUCGUCAUGCCCGACGGCAAGAACGUGCAAUUCACCCAUGAUCAAUCUGCCAACGUCGCCGUAGUCGGGCCCUCUGGCGUCGUCAUGGUUGACGGCAGGAACGUGCAGCUGAACGAUGAGGGCCUCCCAUCCCGCAAGAAGCGUUCCAAGCCCGUAGUUGGCGAUUCAGGAUACAUCACCGCAAGCGGAAGGCCGGUCCAGUUUCCUCAUGGUGUCACGAUCCUAAUCGCGGGAGACACUGGCCUGCUGCUCUCCAACGGAGAAGCCGUGCAGCUGUACGAGUAAAUAUUUAUAUAAAUACAUCACAGUAUCACUAUUUUCUCACUACGUACUUCUUGCGAGGUUAGCAGGAAGUAAUCGCUACUGACAUGUAAUCCGAAAAAAAAAAAUCAAUGAAUAUGUUUAUCUUUA